AUGGGGAUCAAGGAAUCUAGUACGGGGAGUAUCAGUAAUAUUGACUCAGUUGCUUCUGCUGGAACUGUUGGUGCUAUAGAUGUUGCUACGGGUUCUGACACAGUUGGUGCUGCUAAUGGUACCUGUUCAGAUCAGGGUGCCCACCCAUCGACAAGAUUCUCAGAUCAGAGUGCUACAGGUCUCGGUGCAGGAGCUACAGGUACAGGUGUUACCACUACAGCAACAGAUUAUGUAGCUACAAGUAGAGCAGGAUACAACAGUAGAGCACCAGUGGUGUCUACUCGAUCUGGUCGUAGCCAUACGAGAAUAGAGAGCAUAGGUGUUACGGGGCCUGCCCAACGUGAUCCAUCUAGUGGAGAUCCGGGAGUUGGUACAUCUGCUGCUAGACUGUCUGCCUCAAGAGAUAGUCAUACCUGA